AUGCCAUUUACUCGGCCCUCUCACAGUUUCCAAAGCCUCUCACGGUCUUCAAUCUCUCACAGUCUUCAACCUCUCACACUUCACAGUCUUCAAACCUCCCACAUCUACACCUUCAUCUCCCCCCUCCCCAUCCCCAUCAUGUCCCCUCCCUGGAAAGUAACCUUCUCCUCCGACUUCUACCUCGCCUCAGGCACCAUAACCGUCGACCUCCCCGCCCGCAAAGUCCUCAUCAUCCACGACCUCACCUCUAAAACCUACUACCUCCCCCGCGGCCGCAAAGACUGGUCCGAACCCCUCGAGGCAACCGCCAUCCGCGAAACCUACGAAGAAGCAGGCUGCACCGCCACCCUCCUCCCCGUCCCCUUAUCAACCCGCUGCACCCCCCCUUUCUCCACCUCCACACACAACCCCCAGCUGCAAAAAGCCCGCUUCGACCCCUCCGGCGACGUCCUCCUCCCCAACACCGCCCGCCUCACCGAGCCCAUCGCCCUAAUGCAGCACCCCCAAAAGAAGAACGGCGCCCUCGCUAUAGUCCUCUGGUAUGUAGCCAUCGGGGACAGCACUCUCCCCCUGGCAAAAGAGACGCAAAUGUCUGAUGAGCAGUUCGAGGCCCUGUGGGUGGGUUUUGAGGAGGGGCCCGGGAUGAUGGUUAAUCAUGCUUGUGAGUUUGAACUUGCACAAUCCCGUAACCACACCACACCACACCACACCACACCACACCACCAAAUGCUGACCAUGGCUGGUGGUGGUCUAGAUGCCCAGGUCCUCCAACGGGGCAUCGACCUCGCCUUGGCAGCCUCCCAGAUGGACGACAUGGACGUUGGGAUGAAUGCUGCGGUGGCUUGCCAAGACCCACCACAAAAAGACUCACAGCUGUCAAGUCCCAAAACCUCCGAGGCAGGUAGCGUGGGGGUUGUGGAAGCAUCCGGGACCGAGGCGCCGCCAUCACGACCGGAGAUGCCUUUAUCGCCACCAAAUAGUUUGUGA